AGCGGCCAUAUUACGUGUGCCCAUGGUUACGUUUGCCAACAAAAUUGCUGUAUUUUUGUUCGGUACAAUAACUGUUGUUUGCACGUAGUUUUUUGACAGUCUUGGGAGAAACACGAGAAUUUCAAGAUGCCAGGUACCACGGCAAUAGCACAGAGGCCAAUGGCUGAACAGAUUGAAGAGCUGAAGUCAAAAAUAGCGUUGUUAGAGGGUGAUCGAAAAGCAUAUUUUGAGUCUGCUUCGUACGCCAUUAAACAAAAUCGAGAAAAUGUACAAGCUUUGAGAAAAGAAACUUGGGAAUUAAGAAAGCGUCUAAGUGACAAACUAAAACAAGACGAACAUGUUAUUGGUAAGGCGUUUCACGACAGGCCAGUUGAAAGAGCAGCCCUGUCAAACAAAAGUGGAAAACAAGCCAUCACUAUUUUGGAUCAUAAAGUUUCUGACACUUCAAAACGUCUGAACUCAUUACGUCACCAAACAGCUAUAAAACAGAAGAAAUUAGAAGAAUACCAGACACAGAUUAAUCAGAUGAAACAGGAUUCGGCCGAUGCAGCAGCCAUGGACAAAGGUGAAUCACAAGAAGCUCAGAUGAUGCGCUACCUAGAAAAUAGUUACGAUAAAGUUGCCAUGAAAUGUGAAGAGGCCAAACAAGUACAGCGAGUCUAUCUAGAUAUAAAAUCCCGAUUUGAACAAGAGGCCCAGAACUAUCCAACAAAACUCGAUGCAAUUGAAGCUGAAAUCAAGAAAACAAAACAAGAAGUAAACGAUCUUAAAGUCAUGCAGAAUGACGCCAUCCUCUCCAAAGAAGCGGCAGCAAAAGAAUUGCAGCAACAAGAAGAAUAUAUUUACAGUGAGAGAAAGAAAAGAGAAAUAGAAUUACAACGAAUGAAGAAAGAAGCUGAUGAGAAAAAGAUGCAACAUGAACGAACAGAGAAACGAUUGGCACAGCGUGGAUCUAUUCAACAAGAUGAAAUGACAACACAAGAAAAAAUGGCUUUGACAGGUGAGGAACAGCAGCAGAGAAUUACAACGUAUGAAGAAGCUUUCCGUCGAAUAAAGGAAGCUACAGGAGUGUCCGACACUAUGGAAGUCGUACGCCGAUUCGAAAACCAGGACGACACAACCCGACACUUGGAAGACUUGAAAAAAGACAAUGAAAAACAGAUUUCAAGACUGAAGGAAGACAAAGAAAAGUUACAAGAAGAAUUCGCCGAAAUGAAAUAUUCUGGAGAAGCGAAAUUAUCAAGUGGAGAAAUGAUGUUGGAGCAAUACGAAACACAUUUACAAAAAGAGGAAGGCAGACGCGACGAAGCUGAUGAGAAAUUACAACGUUCCAGUAAAAUUCUUGUAUCAGUUAAAGCAGGCGUUGAACAUCUAGCAGAUAAAUUACAUCACUUAAAGGCUAACAAGGGUCAUGUUCCAACAGCACAGAUUCAGCCAUCUUCGGAUGAAUAUGUUCUCGAUCAGUUAUCAACCAGUGAAGAAAAGUUGUUGAAAGUGGUGGAAGAACUUGAUGCCAGUGGUAACGAUCUCAGUGACGUUAUGAAACAAAUGGAGGAAGAAGAAUUCAGAGUGAAUAAUGAAAAACUACCGACCUUCAACACACGUAUAAAAUUACCCCAAACGCAGAGAGAUUUGGUAUAUGACGAUGAAGAAGACAGUGGAGACGAUGACUUUGGCGUUCCUAAUCGAUCGUCUAUCAAAAAGCAAUCACAGUUUAUCAUUGACUCAAAAACAAAAAGACGAGUGGCCAAAAAGAAGAAGAAGACAAAAUAAAUAAUGGCUAAAUGGAUAAAAGUAUUAUUUAGUUUUCAUGAUGUAAGUGUAUAAAGUACUGACAUAGUACCAGUAUACAAGUUUUAACCUCAUUAGACUGACUCCUGAAUCAACAUUUAAUUUUGAGAUCUGGGACUGUGAAAAUGUAUGAUUUUCAGACACUGACAUAAUUAUUUAAGUUAUUCCGAGUUCACAUGUAAAUUAUUUCAUUAUAAAUUUCAAUCAAAGUUUUAGUACAAUCAUUGAUCAGUUCAUUACAGAAUUUGAUAUAAAGUUAUUGUCUUGUAAUUGCUGUUAUAUAUUUCCUAAGGUCAAUUUUUAUUAUUUUCUAUAAAAUAAUAAGGAUAUAAGUUUGAUUGAUCUGUUACAUAAAUUGAUCCAAAUUAUAUUUAGCAAAAGAUCAGUUUGAUAUUUUAUUGAUGGACAUUAUUAUAUUAAGGAUGUGUUAUGUAAGAUUUCAAUAAAGAACUGGAGGUUCUUCUAUGAAAUGAAAAAUUAAUAUAUUCAAAAUUUCAGUCAAAUUAAAUUAUUCUGAGUGAAGUUAUAGGUGUUUGAAAUUUUGACAAGAUAAUUUUGAUUGUCAAGAAUCAUUGCUAUGAUAAUAAACAAAGUCUUGAUUAUCCAUUUUAACAUUGAAUUAGUAAAUGGCAUGGGUGUUCUAAACCAUUCAAUAUCACGACCAUGCAUCAUUAAUGUCUUAAAUGAAAGUUCAAUACAUAUUGUUUUGUUAUUAAUUAAAAAGUAGAAUGAUGAUUGUUUCUUGAAAAAUUGAUUAGAAAAAAAUGAAUUGAGAUUACCAAAGUGAUUGUCUGUGCUAAUAAUUUCGUGUAAUUGUGUUUUUCGACCAUGUAGCAUGAUCAUAUUAUGUAUAUUUAUUGUUGUUUUUUUUUCUAUUUAAAGUCUUCUGUGAUAAUCAAGCAUUAAAUAUUUGAAAUGUCAA